UCAGCUGUUUAAUAAAAACAAAAAGAUAAAACAAGCAAACUUCCUUGAAAACACGUAAAUCAAUGGAUUUUCCGGACAAAAUGGAUCUGGAGAAUGAGCGGGUGCUAAAACUGAUAUUCCCCGACGGGGUGCCAGACAAUCUGCGUGGCAAUCCGGAGCUGGACAACUAUUUGGCCAAACUGGGCACCUGCAAGGUGGAGCAGCUAAAGAAGGAGCAGACCCGUCUGGCGGACGAGGCGCGCACUAUCCUGGAGCAGACGCAGGAUCUGGCCAUUUCCAAUUACAAGACCUUCAUCACCACCGCGGAGAACUCGCGGUCCAUAUUCAGCGAGUUCCUGCGCUCGGAGCAGCAGCUGGACACGCUGGUGGGCAAGCUGCCCGACCUGAGCACCCAGUGCGAGCGCUUCUUGGAGGACUCAGCCGAGCUGAACGAGCAGCGGCGCCUCAACUCCAUCACGCUGCAGAAGAACGCCCAGUUGCUGGAGGUUCUGGAGCUGCCGCAGCUCAUGGAGCGCUGCAUCCGCGAGGGCCGCUACGAGGAGGCUCUCGAACUGGCCGCCUAUGCCACGCGCCUGGGCCAGCACCAGGGACACAUCCCGGUGGUUGAGAGCAUUGUGCGCUCCGUGGAAGCCCUGUGGCACACGAUGCUGGUGCAACUGGUGGGUCAGCUGCGCACGGACCUGCAGCUGCCCAAGUGCCUCCAGAUUGUGGGAUACCUGCGCCGAAUGCAGGCCUUUGGGGACAACGAACUGCGCUUGAAGUUCCUGCAGGCCAGGGAUGCCUGGCUCACCUCGUGCCUAGAGGCUAUUCCUACAGGAGACGCCCAACAACACUUGACGAAAACUAUCGAGAUCACGAGGAUAAACCUGUUCAAUAUCAUCACCCAGUACCGGGCCAUCUUUCCCGAGGAGGAGGGCUCUGGAAAGGUCAGCCUGAAGCCGCUGCAGGGCGUCAGCUGCAACGGAGAUCGCCUGUUUCAGGUCUGGCUUCAUAAUAAGAUCAACGCCUUCUUGGAGACCCUGGAGCGGGACCUGCAGCUGGGAGUGGGUUCCAUAGAGACCGUGCUGGGCCAGUGCAUGUAUUUUGGACUCUCCUUCAGCCGCGUGGGCGCCGAUUUUCGAGCUCUCAUGGCGCCCAUCUUCGUGAACGUUAUUCGUCGUCGUUUUGAGACCAGCGUGCAGCAGGUGAACGAGCAGUUCGAACGGGAGCUGGACAAGUUCACGCUGAUCAAUAAGGGGACUCUGCACUCCCAUUCCCGCAAGCAUGUGGAUCCCGAGCAGGAGUCCUUUGCCCCGCCGGAGACGUUGCUCGACUUUUAUCCCCUGGCCGCUCUCUGCAAUGGUUACCUGGGUGCCUUGAACGAACUGCGCCUGUGUGCUCCUUUGGCCCUGGCCACCGAUGUGACCCAUUGCCUGCAGCAUUCCCUGCAGCUGGCCGCCCAGCGCGUGCUCGCCUUUUACAGGCAGGAGCAGCAGGCCUUUGCCGGUAGUGAACGGGAGGCGUUUAUUCGGCUGUGCUCGUGCCUGGCCUACGACUUGGUGCCCUAUAUGCAGCGCUGCAUCCAUGGCGUCUUUCCGCCGCAGUCCCUUACCGUCCAUCUAGGCAUUAGCCUUCUUCAGUUGGAGCAGCAGCAACUCACCUACCUGGAGCAGGCCCGCAUUCUGGAACCGCUGAAGCAUCUGCUACCCACCAAGGUGCUGGUGCAGGAGCCGAUCGCGGAGGCGAAGUCUAGCGUGGGCGUGGCGGUUCCUGCGGAGGGUUGAGGAAAUCGUAGACAAGCAAUUUAUUGCUGGAAAAUAUGUAAAAAAUUCCAAUAUUUAUAACUUGUAAAGCUUAAUUAAUAAACUAAUUGAAAAAGGUA